AUGUCUGAAACGCAAUUUGUGUGCGAUCUAUGCGGUCAGCGGUACUCCACCUUCGAGAUUCUGAUGACACAUAAUCGUCUGAAGCACUAUCAUACGAUCAAGUUCGGUUGCGGAUACUGCAACGAGACGUUUCGCCUUGAGGAUGAUCUGUACUGUCACUUCGUCCUUACGCAUCGUGUUGAUCCGUACGCAAAGUCACGGUGUAACAGCGCUGGUUCGGAUGAAUCUGAGGUGUGCGGCGGUCCGGAGGAUACACCGAUCCGCCAGUCGGAAGGAACGGAAACGAGCAACACUUAUCCGUGUGGCCAGAUGCGGCUGAUCAGUGAAAGUGAUGAUGGUUCGGAAUCGAUCUGUAGCAGUUCGGGGGAGGACUCCGAUAGUGACGGCAGCGAUUUGGAGUUGAACUACAACGAACUGUACAUGAGACGGAAACGUAGUGCAAUGACGCAGGAAGAGAUAUCGGAGCUGACUGAUGUGUUUAAGAAGUCGGUCCAGUCGACCUACACCACAAAGCUGAAAUUAUAG